AGAAAGAUAUGCUAAAUAAAGAUUGAUUGGUUUGAAUCUUGAAGGGGUCUCCCACUUGUUAAUGACCCAGGGAGGAAAAAAAUUCAUGAUGACUUCACUGGGCCUCCUCUUAUUUCUUCCAUUUUUCUUUACACCUGUCCUCUAUGUGGAAUGGAGCAUCACCACCUAGAGCAAAAAAUAUGCUGUGCCUCUAAUAAUGCCUGUGCUGUCAGGGAUUCUUAAACAGUUUCAUGCUUGAGGCUCCUAAAGUUGAAAUAUUAACAGAAUAAUGUUUUGCUUGCUUGGAUUACUGAGGAACUGCAGCUCCAUCCCCGAAAGGAUUUUAUCCUCAGCACGCAUUGAUUAAGCUAUUUAUCUACAAAAAUGGCAGUGUGCAGGGUAGAAGGGAUCGGGACCCAUAUGUCAAUGGUCUAGGAUGGCCAGUGAAGGCUCCAACAUCCCAAGUCCUGUGGUGCGACAGAUUGACAAACAGUUUCUGAUUUGCAGCAUAUGCCUGGAACGUUACAAGAACCCCAAAGUACUUCCCUGUCUGCACACUUUCUGUGAGAGGUGCUUGCAGAAUUACAUUCCAGCCCACAGUUUAACCCUUUCUUGCCCAGUGUGCCGCCAGACCUCCAUUCUGCCAGAGAAAGGGGUUUCUGCACUCCAGAACAACUUCUUUAUCACUAACCUGAUGGAUGUCCUGCAGCGAACACCAGAAAACAGCAUUGAAGAGUCCUCCAUCUUGGAGACUGUCACAGCUGUUGCUGCAGGAAAACCUCUCUCCUGCCCCAACCAUGAUGGAAAUGUGAUGGAAUUUUACUGCCAAUCUUGUGAGACAGCCAUGUGCCGGGAAUGUACAGAGGGAGAACAUGCAGAACACCCCACUGUACCUCUCAAGGAUGUGGUAGAACAACACAAGGCUUCACUACAAGUCCAGCUGGAUGCUGUCAACAAAAGACUUCCAGAGAUAGAUUCUGCACUUCACUUCAUAUCUGAAAUUAUACGUCAGUUAGCCAACCAAAAGGCUAGCAUUGUAGAUGACAUUCAUUCCACUUUUGAUGAACUACAGAAGACUUUAAAUGUGCGAAAGAGUGUGUUGCUUAUGGAACUGGAAGUGAAUUAUGGCCUUAAACACAAAGUCCUACAGACACAGCUGGAUACCCUGCUUGAAGGACAGGAGAGUAUUAAGAGUUGCAGCAACUUUACAGCCCAAGCACUCAACCAUGGCACUGAAACUGAAGUUUUACUAGUUAAGAAGCAAAUGAGUGACAAGCUGAAUGAGCUGGCUGACCAGGACUUCCCACUGCAGCCCCGUGAAAAUGACCAGCUGGACUUCAUAGUAGAAACAGAAGGACUGAAGAAAUCCAUUCACAAUCUGGGUACUAUUUUAACCACUAAUGCCGUAGCAUCUGAAACAGUUGCCACAGGUGAGGGGCUGAGGCAAACUGUGAUUGGACAGCCGAUGUCAGUUACCAUAACAACCAAGGACAAAGAUGGGGAGCUCUGUAAAUCUGGGAAUGCUUACCUCACUGCUGAACUGAGCACACCUGAUGGGAGUGUGGCAGAUGGAGAAAUACUUGACAAUAAAAACGGCACUUAUGAAUUUUUGUAUACUGUUCAGAAAGAAGGGGACUUUACUCUCUCACUGAGACUUUAUGAUCAGCAUAUCAGGGGCAGUCCAUUUAAACUUAAAGUGAUCAGAUCAGCAGACGUGUCCCCUACUACCGAAGGAGUUAAGAGGCGUGUUAAGUCUCCUGGCAGUGGCCAUGUGAAGCAGAAAGCUGUGAAAAGACCAGCUAGUAUGUACAGCACUGGCAAAAGAAAAGAGAAUCCUAUUGAAGACGACUUGAUCUUCAGAGUGGGUACCAAAGGAAGAAACAAAGGGGAAUUUACAAAUCUUCAGGGGGUAGCUGCAUCUACAAAUGGAAAAAUAUUAAUUGCAGACAGUAACAACCAGUGUGUACAGAUAUUUUCCAAUGAUGGCCAGUUCAAAAGUCGUUUUGGUAUACGAGGAAGGUCUCCUGGCCAGUUGCAGAGGCCUACAGGAGUGGCUGUGCAUCCUAGUGGUGACAUCAUUAUUGCAGACUACGAUAACAAAUGGGUUAGCAUAUUUUCAUCAGAUGGAAAAUUUAAGGCAAAAAUUGGCUCUGGAAAACUUAUGGGACCAAAAGGUGUUUCCGUGGAUCGUAAUGGGCAUAUCAUUGUUGUAGACAACAAAGCAUGUUGUGUAUUUAUCUUCCAGCCAAAUGGAAAAAUAGUAACCAGGUUUGGUAGCCGAGGAAAUGGGGACAAGCAGUUUGCAGGUACACUUGACGGUCCUCAUUUUGCAGCUGUAAACAGCAACAAUGAAAUCAUUGUUACAGAUUUCCAUAACCAUUCUGUCAAGGUAUAUAACCAGGAAGGAGAAUUCAUGUUGAAGUUUGGAUCUAAUGGAGAAGGCAAUGGACAGUUUAAUGCUCCAACAGGAGUAGCUGUAGAUUCUAAUGGAAAUAUUAUUGUAGCAGAUUGGGGAAACAGUCGAAUACAGGUUUUUGAUGGAAGCGGAUCUUUUUUAUCCUACAUUAACACAUCUGCUGACCCACUUUAUGGUCCCCAAGGUCUGGCGCUAACUUCAGAUGGCCAUGUUGUAGUUGCAGACUCUGGAAAUCACUGCUUCAAGGUCUAUCGAUACUUACAGUAACAAUGGGCUCUGGAGCUGCCUGGCCCUUAACAAACAACUGAUCCCAGAGAUCCUUAAUCGAUCUCUCUGUGGAGGAUGUGUACUUUAGUUUAAUUACUUUUUAAUGUUGAAGGAGUCUCCAGUGGACUUUUCAUGUUUAUUUCCAAACUUACCUUGUUUACAUAAGACUUGCACUUCUUAUGUUCCUCAUUGAAUUUAUUGUACGGGUUAAUAAACAAAACCCUCCUUUCCUGAAUUCAUUAGGACAAUGAAAUAUUAAACAUGUGAACUGCAGCUUGUGGAACAGGAAUUUAAGUAGUUGACUAAUUUUGCAAAUAAAAUAAAAUGAAAAUAUCUAAA